CGCUCGCGACACUCGCGCAUUCAGUCGGCCGCACCACGCCGCCACGGCUCCCGCGCUCUCACUCGGUCGCGGCUUGCGGACCUACGAUCCGCUCUGCGCGAUACACACUGUAAACAAAUUCCAUAUAUCCUACAAUAUUCGAAGAAAUAUCUCUCUACGAUUUUCCAAUUUUCCACUAAUUUAACAAGCGUCACGUGUGCGAAAUUUUGCAACGUGAUUUCGCGCGCCUGUUCUACCUUGUUAAAUGUUGAUUCACUAAAACAACGCCGGUUGCAACAUUUGUCAAAACUUUUGGAACAUAUCUUCGAAAAUAAUCUUAAUUGUGGUCCUCCUGUAACGUAACUACAGCUUGUUGGAUUGCUCGUCUUAAAUUGCUGUUGCAACAGUGCAGAUUCCAAGGUUGCUCGUGAGAAAACUUUUGAACAGUAAUUGAUAUUUUGUGAUGUGUUAAAACUAACGUGAAACAAUGUUGUCGAUGGAUUCAUUGUGGUGUGGCUCCGAAAGUGAGUUGUCCACAUUAAGACUUUGUAAGAGUGCAGCGGAUAGACCGGAGUACCGGCUGACGAGACGCAAGCCCUCCAAAAGCCUGAUCCCGCAAGCGUUACUGCACGCGCCGGAGCCUCAGCCCAGGACACACCGUCGACGAAGGUCUGGUACUUGGCCACGGACAAGAUCCCUGAACGCACCCUCACCGAUACAGCAGUUUGGACCAUGCGGAAGAAUAAUGAAAAAUUCGGCUAUGGUUAUGCAAAUCCAGGAUCCGGCAUCGCAGCGGCUGACGUGGUACAAACCGCCGCUGACGGUUCUGGUCAUCAAGAAGGUCCACGAUGCCACCAUCCUGGCGCCCUUCGUGCAACUUGUACAUUGGCUCGUUCAUGACAAAAGCAUGGUGGUGUUCGUGGAAGCGGCAGUGCUGGAUGACAGGUUGCUGGCUGAGUAUGGGGACUUCACGUCGGUCAAGGAGCGGCUGAUGACCUUCAGAGCCAGUACCGACGACCUCACGGACAAGAUAGACUUCAUCAUCUGUCUGGGAGGAGACGGCACCCUGUUACAUGCUAGUUCGUUGUUCCAGCAAUCAGUACCACCUGUGAUGGCAUUCCACUUGGGCUCUCUGGGCUUCCUCACGCCGUUCGAGUUCAACAACUUCCAGGACCAAGUCAUGAAUGUUCUAGAAGGACACGCAGCGUUAACGCUACGGUCACGUCUCCAAUGCGUAGUGUUGCGCAAGAGUCGGGACGACAAGGAUGGCAAGGAGAAGAAGAAGCCGACCACCAUACUGGUGCUGAACGAGGUGGUGGUGGACCGAGGACCUUCGCCGUACCUCUCCAACAUCGACCUGUUCCUGGAUGGGAAGCAUAUCACCUCUGUGCAGGGAGAUGGCCUAAUAGUAUCAACGCCGACGGGUAGCACGGCGUACGCAGUGGCGGCGGGGGCGAGCAUGAUCCACCCCUCGGUGCCCGCCAUCAUGGUCACCCCCAUCUGCCCCCACUCGCUCUCCUUCAGGCCCAUCGUGGUCCCCGCUGGAGUGGAGCUCAAGAUAAUGCCCACCGUAGAAGCGCGUAGUGCGGCCAGUGUGUCGUUCGACGGGCGCUCCCAGGUCACCCUCAGGCCGGGCGAUAGUCUCUACGUGACGACAUCAGUGUACCCUGUGCCCUCGAUAUGCGCACAGGAUCAGAUCUCCGACUGGUUUGACUCAUUAGCAGAGUGCCUGCACUGGAACGUGCGGAAAAAACAAAAACAGAUCGAUGAACUGAGCGACCUGACUCAUUCCUCCAGCGAUAACCUCGAGGAUCUAGAUCAGAACCAUCACGACGAACGACCCGUCGAUACAUGACCGACGAUAGUCUAAGCAAAGAGUUCUGAGUGUUUUCCUCCCAGGGUAUAGGCGUACUUUGAGCAAAGAACUUUUUUUAAUCGUCUGUAAGCGAAAUGCCAAUUGUGGUACGUGUGUGUGUGUGCGAAUAUGACGUUUCAUGAGUAACGUUUUAUUUAGGUAUCGAGUAUCGAUUAGGACACUCGAUUAUAUAUAGUAUAAUUUCCUAAUCUUUUAAAGGCAAGUUUAGACUAAGUUUUUAAACGUCUAAAUUGAAACCUUGACAAAAAAAAUGUAUUCACUCGUUCUAAAAAGUAAGUUUUUAACGUUUAUAAACAACGAAAUUGUUGAUGUGAAAUAAGUGUUUUGAUAAUAAUAGCUAUUAUGAGUGCGAAUAACGAUAUUUCGAUGUGGCUGGAAAUGUAGUUUCAGCCAACUAUGUGAUACUGAUAUCGAUUAAACGUUGUUUUUUGACAUUCCCUUGGACAAUAAAAAAGUAAAGUGUUAUGUCUUUCUCGGGUAUGUUCGGUUUUCUGUAUUUUUUUUUAUUACCGAUUAUUAUUUGAUGGACUGCUCAAAUCGAUUUCUCAAAUGAAAUUUUGCUAAAAGUGGUUCCAGAUUUUUGUUGCGAAUAUUUUACAAUCUCAUUUGUACAUUAUCGUGUCUUUCUGUUUAUUGGUGAACAACUGUAAAGGUGUGAAGGUGCUAUCUGCAAUAUAACAGUGCCAAGUAAAUUAUUAUGAAGGGUGGAACAGACUAGAUAAACCCCAUUAUAUUAAUAAUUCUGCUAGAUGUAGAGUUGAGAUGGUUAUAACGAAUAACGAUUAGUUUCACCCUCUAACAGUGAUGUUCAACCUUUUUUAUUUGGCUUGAGGCCAUCUAUAACAUUUGAAUUACCCAUAUACUCUGAAAAACGUUUCAUAGUAGGUAUUUUCCUUUGCAUCGUGUGUAUUAUAAUAAAUAGAGACAAAAGGUUGGGCAUCCCUGUCUUUAGGUAUAGUGUUCAACGGUGAGCACAAAACGUAGAUACCUAGUAAUAGAUUUUCUACUUUCAAGCUGUUCUUGUAUUUAUAGGGAUUGAUUAAUAAUGUGUACAAAAUAAAUCGCGAUAUUUUAUCGAAUGUGACAUCACAGUUAUCAAGUUCCUUGGUUGUUAGUAGUAAUUAUUGGCAGCUAUACUUUCAAAGUGCUUACAUUUGCGCCAUUGCUUGAUAAAAACCGGCUAAUUUUCCAUUUUUUUAAUUUUGUAUCUGUGGACCUAAGCUCAGACUUCUUCAUCGCUGCCCUACUGCUCUGCUAUGUGUACUUUUACCUGAUUUUAUGUUUAAGCUUUUUUUACUGUAAUAUUAUUUAUUGGGUAAUGGCAAUUUUGUUCACGAUGCAAUAAAAGUCAUAAAUAAACA